AUGCCAUGGCAAUCGGAUGUUGGUGUUGCUGUUACGAGAGUGUGGAUACCAUCGUUACAAGCCACAAUCGACCAAUUAAUACAGUUAGCCAAACGUCAACUGAUGUUAGACAGACCCCUUUCACCAAUUCGUCAGCAAGGUACCUCAGCUAGUUAUGUUCGUAAUCCAAAGGAGGGAGAGAACAGAAAAGAUAAUCCUGAGAGUCAGAAUCAAGGUCGUCAAAAAACAACAUGUCUACUUCGAGGGUCGCAAAGUCCAAGCAGUCUCCCAAAAGGAGCAAAGAAGAAGAAGAAACGGCAGAGACCAAAAGAACAAAUUCAGCAAACAAAUACAUCGCCUACAAAAGACAGACAGUCCCAAGAAAGGGGAUCAAUGUGUCGAGCUCCAAUAAGAGAAAGGUUACAUCCUGAUUGUGCAAGAUCCGACACAGAAUACACCAAUAAUGCAGAAAGAAAUGUACUUCGUAGAUUUGGUGAAAAUGGCGUUGAGUGCACAAUUGUAAAUGGUGUGUAUAUCCCAAAGCUAGAUCUUUCAUGGCUGGAUGAGGAUAAGCCGAUUGAUGUAGUUACAAAGAGUCCUGAAGAACCAAAAGAAAAGAGAAGGAGUAUCCGAAGUCGUAUUUACAGUGCGAGGAGAAAACGAAUGAAGCAAAGGGCCUUAGAGAGAGAAGGAAGUCAGCAGAAUACCAUGGUGGAAGAAAAUCCUUCAAUUGUCAAUAGCGAGAUAGUGAAUGACACUGCAAGAAAAGAGACUUGCCACUCGACAAGUACUAUGUUAGAUCCUCUUUCAGUCAGGGGAACGACUGUGGAGGUUAAUGAGCAGAGGGCGAGCAUUCAUAGCAUUAGAGUGGAUCCAAAUACAGAUGAAGACAAAAAACCAAGUCAAGGAACAGUUAACAGCGGUACAAUGGACGUUGAAAAAAUAGAAAACAUUACGAAAGACGAAACAGAAAAGUCUAAAAGCAAGAGCAGAAAACAUGAUCAAAGUAGAAAUAGCAAUGCCGUAAAAGGGUUUAAGAAGGAAUUUCUCAAUAAAAGAUCAAAUGUUGAAUACACAGACUACUCUGUAUUCUUAGCUGAUUCAGCUUGUUCAACUGUUCAGAAGCAUCCCGAGAAGAAGAGGGGAGCUUGGGAUAAGAUGGAAGUAUAUAGAGAGAUAUCCGAGGAGAUAAAAGAGGAGAAAAAAAGCUUCAAACAAAAAUUACAAGGAUUAAAGAAAUAUUUAAUAUCAAAGAAAAAUCACUGGACAGCGAAAGUGAGUACAGGCGAUGGAGGCCCCCCACAAGCGCCAAAGAAGAAGAAAUUUGAACUAAUAUUGAAAUUUAGUAAAAUUUAG